CUUCGAUAUGUAACAUCGUAUUUAGUACUAUCGAUAUAAGCAUCCCCGACGAGUGAUGCACCAUUAUCGAGAGUGACGACAUCCUAGGCGAUCUCUCUGAUGCGGUCCAGACCUCCGAAUCGUGAGACAAAUGCGGCUUUCAGGUUUUUGAUGUGGGGGGCAUAAUUCUUACGCCAUAGGAUUAAACCUCGCAGCCGAUCAUUUCCAGGUGCCAUUCGUGACAAAGAGUAUCUGAUCGCCGAUGGAUCUAAGUUAUAUAAGAUGCCAGCACCAGCAGUCAAGCCAAUGCGAGAGUUAGCGACCUUAGCAUCAUUACAAAUUUCAACAUGAGCACCGGACAAGACAUUCUUUCCCAGAGACUCUACUCUGCCCUGGACCGCCGUCGCACGGAGGGACGGCUGUACGUGCCCGCCUCGCCGGAGGAGGUCUCAGGAACAGUGGACUUUGGAUCCAAUGAUACUCUUGGAUUAUCAUCCUCCGGGAUUCUGACCCAAGCGUUCCUACAUCAGCUUGAGAGACAUCCCAACUUCACUGUCGGAUGCACCACCACGCGUGUCUUCGAAGGCAACAGGCAGUAUAUUGUCGAUAUUGAGCGUGACCUGGCGCAGUUCCAUGGCGCGGACGACGCAUUGUUCUUCCCAUCUGGAUAUGAUGCCAACAUGGCCCUCUGGUCCUCCAUCACGAAUGACAAGGACUUCGUUGUGUUCGACGAGCUCGUGCAUUCUAGCAUUCGCGAGGGAAUGAAGCUCGGACGGGCGAAGAGCGUCCCCUUCCGUCACAAUGAUUGUUUCUCCCUGCAACGGGUUCUGGAAGACGUCCGAGACAACAAUGCGGAGAUAGCUGAGGGACAAAACCUGGUGUUCAUUCCACUAGAGUCAAUUUAUAGCAUGGACGGCGACACGGCACCUCUGCCUGAAAUAAUCAGGGUGGUAUAUGAGACGCUUCCUCGAGGGAAUUAUGUGCUUUCCAUUGAUGAAGCCCACUCCAAUGGAAUCAUCGGCCCCCAUGGAUCGGGGAUGAUCUGUCAAUAUGGCCUCGAGAGGGAAUUCCCGCUCCGACUGCACACCUGCGGGAAAGCCCUGGGAUCGGCUGGAGCGGUGAUUUUGUGCAACGAAACCAUCAAGCAAGGCUUGAUCAACUACGCGCGGAAUUUCAUCUUCACCACAGGACCAACAUUCGUUUCCGUCGCCGCUGUGCGAGCGGGAUAUGAGAUGGUGCUGAGUGAAGAAGGACAAGAGCGUCGAAGCCGUCUGGAGCAAAACGUGUGGUACUUCUACUGGACCCUGACGAGGCACCCCCAGUGGGAGGACAUCAAGCGGCGAGGCAUCCUGUAUGUGCCCACCGAGAAGACCUGGUAUACCAAUCCAAUCAAGUCCCCCAUCAUCCCCAUUGUCACGCAGCCUGGCCACGCCAACAACCUUUGUGAGCGGCUUCGACAGGCCAAGUACUGGGUCAAUGCGGUGGAGUUCCCCAGUGUGCCCCCGGAGAAGGGUCGCGUCCGAUUGAUGGUCCAUGCGGACAACACUCGCGAGCAGAUGGACGGGGUGAUCCAGGUGAUCAUGAGGUGGGCGGUGGAGCGUGCUGAACCGGGGGAGGUUAUGGCCAAGAUGUGA